AUGGGCUUGGGCUGGAGCAGCGCGGAGGAGCGGCGGCCCCUCCUGCCGCCGCCACCGCAGCAGCCGCGGCCGCAGCCGCGGGGGCCGGCGGGGGGCCCGGCGGGGCGGCUGCCGCCGCUGUCGGGCCGUGUGUACGGGCGACGGUGGCUGGUGCUGCUGCUGUUCUCGCUGCUGGGCUUCGCGCAGGGCCUGGUGUGGAACACCUGGGGCCCUAUCCAGAACUCGGCCCGCCUGGCCUUCGGCUUCAGCGGCUGGGACAUCGCCCUGCUCGUCUUCUGGGGGCCCAUCGGCUUCGCGCCCUGCUUCUUCUUCAUGUGGCUCAUGGACAAGAAGGGUCUGAGGGUAACAGUGUUACUAACAUCAUCCCUCAUGGUGUUGGGAGCUGGCCUGAGAUGUGUUCCAGUUUCAGACAUAGAAAUUAGGAAGAAGCUGAUCCACGGAGGGCAGCUGUUGAACGGCUUGGCGGGGCCCACGGUGAUGAACGCGGCUCCGUUCCUUUCCACGACGUGGUUUUCUCCGGACGAACGCGCCACGGCCACGGCCAUCGCCUCGCUGCUCAACUCGCUGGGCUCUGCUGCUGCCUUCCUGGUGGGGCCUCUGGUGGUGCCUCCUCCCAACGGCACAGCCCAGCUGCUGUCACACAGCAACACCCAGCACAUCAAGGACCGCAUCGAGGCCAUGCUCUAUGCAGAAUUUGGAAUGGUUUCCCUGAUAUUUUCUGCAGCGUUGGCCUACUUCCCCUCGCGCCCUCCAUUUCCCCCCAGUGUGGCUGCAGCGAGCCAGCGGCUCAGCUACAGGAGAAGUUUUUGCAGACUCUUAAGCAAUUUCCGAUUCUUGAUGAUUGCUUUAGCCUAUGCGAUACCACUGGGUGUUUUCUCUGGCUGGUCUGGUGUUCUGGAUUUGAUAUUAACACCCAUUCAUGUAAGCCAGGUGGAUGCAGGCUGGAUUGGAUUUUGGUCUACAGUUGGAGGUUGUGUUGUUGGCAUAGCAAUGGCAAGAUUUGCAGAUUUUAUCAGGGGCAUGCUGAAGUUCAUACUGCUGCUGCUUUUAUCUGGAGCAACAUUAGCAUCAACCUGGUUCACUCUCACCUGUCUAACUACUGUCACUCAUCUGCCUUUAACCACAGCUACACUGUACACAUCCUGCAUUUUGCUGGGUAUAUUCCUCAACAGCAGCGUACCAAUAUUCUUUGAGCUCUUUGUGGAGACAGUCUACCCUGUUCCAGAAGGAAUAAGCUGUGGAGUUGUCACCUUUUUGAGUAAUGUGUUCAUGGGAGUGCUUUUGUUUUUCCUCACAUUUUACCAUACAGAGUUUUCCUGGUUCAACUGGUGCCUGCCAGGGUCGUGUCUGCUCAGCCUGCUCCUCAUCCUGUGCUUCCGCGAGUCCUACGACAGACUCUAUCUCGACGUCGUCGUCUCCGUGUGAUCACACCGGACUGGUGAGGGCUUGGAAGAGACUGGAAGUCGGCUUUGCAGUCUGCACAUCUGCCUGGAUUUGCACAGCUGAACAGCAGAAAAACAAAGAAAUUUCAAGACUUAAUCAUGGCUUUAUUUAGAGAGGGUGAGGGACGGGUUGUUCUUACGUUCAAGACCAUCUUGAUUUGCCAUAAAUGUGGAACUGGAGUGGUGAUGGUGACACCAAAAUGCACAAAGAGAAUCUCUCUGCUGUCCAGGUCCCUGUGCCAGGGCUGGGGCUCUCUGUUGAGGAGGCUGUUGAUGUAGCAGUGAGGUGUAUGUUGUGUGUAUGUGUGUGUCUGUGUGCACCUGUGUGCUGACUCACGGUUCUACACACCUGGGUACCAGUAAUCUUCAGAGUCUUCUAUCAGAAUAAAAAUAGGGAAAAAUCUUAACAAAAUGAAAAAAAUAAGAAAAAUCUUUUCUUCAAGAGCUCUUUAAAAUCACUAGUCAUUUAUAUAUUGAAUGUCCAUUAAACAGAUAAGCUAAAAUGAUUUGGUGCUUGUACACUACAUUUACAUUCUAAUAAAGUGGGUUCUGAUAUAAGACACUGGUACACAGGGGGUUUAGCCAUACUAAAUAGCCCAAAUAAACCUUGCAGUGUUAUUAGAGGUGUUUGUUACCACCCUGGAGCACAAGUAAACAAUAGCUUUAGCUGCCACUGAAUCCCAACCUGCACCCACAGUCAUCUCUGAAAUGCCACCAUAGUUCCAUAUCUCCUGAAUAUGGAGCAUCUGAGGUGUACUGGAGUGUCACUCUAGGUAAAUGUUGCUGUUCUAAAGGCCACCACUGUGUCACCUUUCCAUCCUCCAUCUCCAGUACUGCCUUUUUUACUGUUUGUGCCACUGAAUACUGUGGGUGUGGAUGUCUGAGUCCUGCUAGUUCUCUCCUGAGGUGUGUGUGGUUUUUAGGAUUAGUUUAUGACUGAGGGUGCCUAAACAAUAUUGCUUGUAACCUGUCUUGAAAAAUCACUGUUUCCUAAAAAAACACCUUCCUGGUUGAGGAGGUGCAUUGAUGGCGAAAUGACAAUGAGUUUGACAAUGAGGAGUAACUCAUGAGUCCUGGCAUAAUAUGGGAAAUUAAUGCCAGCUCUUUUUAUCAGUACUAAUCUGUGGUCAUUCUGGCCCUUACUUGAACAUAAUUAUUAAAGACACUUUCAAAAGUUUUUUAACCCAAUUUUUAAACCUGCUAAUGAUUUCUUAAUUAUAUUCUUAGAUUUCAGUUCAGCAUCAUUUAAAAUAUUUCUGUAUGUGUGUGUGUGUUCUGUGCUUUGUGUUAGGGGGGUGUGUUUGUGUGUAUGGAGGUGUGCAUAUUUAUAUCAAUGUAUACACAAAUAAAACUUAUAUAUAUAAGAGAUACAUAUAUAUAUAAGUUGUGCAAGGGUAUGUGUUUCCCUAGGUUUAGCCCAGGUGAUGCUGUCUGGGGAAGGUGAUGUGCCCUUGUUUGUAACUAAGCCAGUCACUGCCGUGGGUGGGAACGCGUCGUGCGCGGUCUGCGACAGGGAUUCUGUUCAGGGGCUGAAUGAUUUCCUGUCGUGGCAGUUCUGUGGCAGGGGGUGGGUGCAUGUGUUGGAGGAGGCUCUGCAUCUCUGGAAGUUGAAUCAAGCACCCUCUGCUCCUGUGUGGGGCUCUUUGCCCCUCUGGUGACACCAACAUGAUAAGCUCACUCAAAUAAACCCAGAACUACCUUUCAGACAUGGAUCUGUUCCUUCUGCCUGCUCUCCUUUUGCAGAGAGAAUACACCUCUAAGACUUAACUCAGGAGUGUAUCUGUGCAGUAAAAUAAAACAAGCUGUUCCUUGC